AAUCGACAGGAUUGAAAUUUCCUCCCACAAUAAUCGCGUCUACUCGAAUGAAUGGUCAUUUUACUAUGGGAUGUAGGUUAAUCAAUUAUCAUAUCAGAUAUGUCGUAUCGGACUUCAAUCGUCAUUUUUUAUUUGCAAAUAUGAAACCAGUUACUGUCUGUAUAUUUCUUCUAGCCUUAGUUAUAUCCGUUGCAUUUGCUAUCCCUGCUCCUCUCAAAGCUGCUCGUGCUCAUCAACAUGUGAGACAAGAUGCUCAAGCAAAGGUGGAAGCAGUAGACAAGGUUGACGCGAAACGAGGAGAAUACUAUUAUUAUUAUGAGACUCCAACAUAUUAUUAUUAUUAUGAGACUCCAACAUAUUAUUACUAUGAGACUCCAACAUAUUAUUACUAUGAGACUCCAACAUACUAUUACUAUGAGACUCCAACAUAUUAUUACUAUUAUGAGACUCCAACAUAUUAUUACUACUAUGAGACCCCAUCCUAUUACUACUAUCAAACUCCAGAAUACUACUAUGACUAUUAUGAACGCCAACAGCAGUCUACAGCCAACCUGGAGCAAGUAGAAGCUUCCUCUUAAUUGUCUGUUCGUUUUUUCAUUUGGCAUGUUCAAGAAGCAAAGACUUCAGAAGUGAAUAUGUUGAAUAAAAUAUGUUGAUAACUUGUGCAUCUUUCGUUUUCAAUCCCUUGUUUAAUAUUUUCAUG